AGAGACAGGACAGAGGGCAACAUCUGGGAGAGAGACCAGGAAAGACAGAUAUCAUGGCAAGCGCUUCAGCUCAGAACGUGGAGUUUGUGCGGACAGGCUACGGCAAAAACACGGUGAAGGUGCUGUACAUCAGGAGGGAGGGCAGCCAGCACUACAUCAUCGAGCUGAAGGCUGACGUGCAGCUCACGCUCAAAACCCGGAAGGACUACCUAGCCGGAGACAACUCAGACAUCAUCCCCACCGACACCAUCAAGAACACUGUGCACGGCCUGGCCAAACUCAAGGGGAUAAAGACAAUUGAGCAGUUUUCCCUGGAUAUCUGUCAUCACUUUCUCACCUCUUUCAACCAUGUGCUGAGAGCCAAGGUUUACAUGGAGGAGGCUCCAUGGAGGAGGCUGGAGAAGAAUGGAACGGAGCAUGUUCAUGCAUUUAUCUUCAGCCCAGAAGCUUGGCGCUUCUGUGAUGUGGAACAGAAUCUGAAUGGUGCCCCAGUGCUCCACAGCGGGGUGAAGAACAUGAAGGUGCUGAAGACCACCCAGUCUGGGUUUGUGGGCUUCCUCCGAGACCGCUUCACUACCCUGCAGGAAGCCAAGGACAGGUGUUUCUGCACCUCCGUCUACGCCAGGUGGCGCUACAACAGGAUUCACAAUGUCAACUUUGACGCUGCAUGGAAAUGUGUUAAAGAGACGAUCAUUGAGAAGUUUGCUGGCCCCUACGAUCGCGGAGAGUACUCGCCCUCCGUGCAAAAGACCCUUUACGACACACAGGUUCUGGUCCUGGAUCGAGUUCCUGAGGUGGAUGAGAUAGAGAUCGUCAUGCCCAAUGAGCAUUACUUCACCAUCGACAUGACAAAAAUGGGCCUAACAAACAAGGACGAGGUUCUUCUGCCACUGGAUAACCCCUCCGGCAACAUCACAGGGACAGUGCGCAGGAGACAGCUAGCCAAGCUGUGAGGACAGCGGCACAAACUCAACUGUUUCAUCGAUGAGUCUCUCUUAAACGACUACCAUUUGUAAAGCCAUGAUCCAAAACCACGUAAUGUGAAUGUGCAAUAAAACAUGACUAAUGAA